AUGACAAUUCCAAGGCUGGAACUGCUUGCAGCACAUAUACUAGUUGAACAAUUAGAAGCAAUUGUUGAUGCAUGCGGGUUUGAAUAUUCAAAUGUAACGCUUUGGUCGGACUCAAUGGUAGUGUUAAGCUGGAUUAAAAAAUCACCUACCGAGUUAAAAGCAUUUGUGUCGCACCGAGUACAAAGAAUACAAGAAAAAACAAAACAAUGCAAAUGGAAACAUGUACGAUCGGGUGACAAUCCGGCUGAUUUAGUUAGCAGAGGAAUGAAUAUGCAAAAAUUUCUAAAAAGCAAAUUAUGGUUAGAAGGCCCAAGCUGGCUAAAGCAAGCCGAAAAAGAAUGGCCAAUACCAAUGAUGAUAAUCUCGCCAGAUGAAAUAAAAGAGAUAGAAAAAGAAUGCAAAGCAAAAGAGCCGGUGGAAAAAAUAUUCAAUAUGACUUCGGGAGUAGACCGUACAGUCCUUUACAAUAAAUUCCAAAGCUGGAACAAAAUAUUGAAUGUCACCGCCUAUGCACUUAGAGCAAUUCGUAAAAUCAAGCCAAAGACUAUAUUUAUAACAUCCGAAGAACGAAACAAUGCGAUCGAAUAUUGGAUUAAAUACGAACAAAACAUAGCGUUUAAAACGGAACUCAAAUGCAUUAAAACAGGCGAUAUGCUGCCACCCAAAAGUACGAUUACGUCACUCAGACCAUUCAUAGAUAAUAAUGGCUUGCUAAGAGUGGGCGGACGUAUAGACAAAGCAAAUAUUGCAUACGAAAAAAGGCAUCAAUAUAUCAUUCCUCAAAAGUCAAGACUCUCCUUUCUGUUGUUGAAUCACGCGCACGAAAUGACUAUGCAUGGUGGUGUACAAAUGAUAAUGCACUACACCCGGAAAAGAUUUUGGAUCCCAAAAUUAAGAUUCGAAACACGAAAAUUUAUCGGAACAUGCACAAGAUGUGUAAAGCUAGCACAGAUCACAGCAGAUCAAAUAAUAGCUGAACUGCCAGCAAUAAGACUAAGACCAGCGCCGCCAUUUCAGCAUGUCGGCGUCGAUAUGGCCGGUCCAUACCAAAUGCGAGUAUCAAAUAAAAUAAAUGCAAAUACAAGAGCUCGACAAAUGCCAGAUAUGAAAGGCUGGAUAGCAGUAUUCGUUUGUCUCGUCACUCGUGCCAUUCACUUAGAAGCUGUUGAAGGCAUGUCAUCAGAUGAUUUUUUCGUCGCCUACACAAAAUUCACAAGCAGAAGAGGCGACCCAGAGAAGAUCUACAGCGACAACGGUACAAAUUUCAUAGGCGCAGAUAAAGAGCUGAAAAAGGCGUUGGAAAUUUGGCAAAGCAGCCAAGUUCAACGAUACGUGCAUUUAAAAGGUACAGAAUGGAAGUUUAUAACUCCAUCAGCUCCACAUGAAGGAGGCAUUUGGGAAGCUGCAGUUAAGCAAAUGAAGCAUCAUUUAAAACGCGUCAUUGGUGUACAGAAAUAUUCAUUUCAAGGUAUAACAGCUCUGCUAGCUGGCGUUGAAGCAUGUCUGAACUCUCGCCCACUAUGCAAACUAUCAGACGAUCCAGACGACCAAAAGCCACUAACACCUGCACAUUUUUUAAUUGGCAGACCAUUAAAGCUACCGAUGUACGAAAAAGCAGAUUCGCCACCAUAUAGCUUAAAGCGGCUAUAUGUGCAAUUGCAAUUCCAAAUACAAGCAUUUUGGAAACAGUUCUCGAAUGACUACAUACAGUCACUCUCGCAAUUGCCCAAAUGGAAAACAGAACAAACAAAUCUGAAAAUCGGUCAACUGGUCGUAGUCAAAGCUGACAACAUUGCACCUACAUACUGGGCAAUGGGAAGAAUCAUGCAGAUUCAUAAAGGUGAAGAUGGUAAAUUGGAACCAUUCUCUGAUCUUAGUAUUGAAGAGGAAAUUCAAUCGAAUUCGACCACACCACUAAAUAAAAUGACGAUUCCCGAAAUUGACGUACAAGAAACCCAAUUUGAUGAAUUUAAUUAUUGGCGCUAUUCGCCAUAUCUGAUGGUGCAAUCAUCUACGGGACUUAUCAUUGAUAUGGAGAAUCCAUCGAAUUAG